UAUAUCCACAAUCGAGUCGGAGAGAAGAGAAGAGAAGAGAUCAGAUCGUCGUCCCGAGUCCAACAAGUCUUCCAGAGUGUGGCGAGAUCUGAAUCUCGCUAGAGAGACGAUUCGAGAUAGUCUGGAUCAGAGUUUGGGACUGACUAGCACAGCGUACAGAGAAUAUGAAACGAGCACAGUUUCGAGGAUGUUUGCUCGGAGGCGCAUGCGGCGAUGCUCUGGGUGCGAAGGUGGAGUUUGUGACCCAGUCUGUCACCAUCUUUCGGAAGUAUGGACCCACAGGGAUACGUGAUAUCGGAAUGAAUUAUAAUGUUGUUGGAGGGGUGACUGAUGACACGCAAAUGACACUCUUCACAGCUGAGGGUCUGAUCAGUGCUCUCCUUCCCAUCCUUAUCAGUCAGAGAGGUGAUAAGUCUGCUGCUACCGAUCAAACACCUGAUUCUACAAAUCCUCUGUUCGAAGCUGAAAAUUACGUACCAGCUGUCCACCAGUCCUAUCUACGGGAUCAUGUGGCAUCUCUAUUCUGCUGUGGAGAUUCUCGAGUGCUAGACACUGGACCACCUUUUCCUGAUAUUUCCUCUUGUGUUCAACAAGCUGUGCCAGCCUUACACCAGUCUUACUUGAGAUGGCUCAAAACGCAAGGAGUCAACUGCAAUAGUCCUGCUUCCAGGAGGGAAGUAGUAGAGAAAGGAUGGCUCAUUCUACAACAGGCCCUGCAUAGUCGCAGAGCACCGGGCAAUACAUGCUUACAGGCUCUGAUGUCAGGGGAUGUGGGCUCGACCCGGAACAUAAUUAACGACAGCAAAGGCUGUGGAGGAGUGAUGAGAGUAGCUCCGUGUGCACUCAUUGUAAGCGCUGGAUUUGCUGAUAUUCCGAAGGACCAGCAACUACAACUUGCAUUCCAGCUUGCCUGCGCUGCAGCAGCAAUUACUCACACUCAUGCUUCUGGCUGGCUUUCGGCUGGAUGCCUAUCGUCUAUAAUUCUUUGUGUUCUAUGUGGUGAUUCUCUGGAAAGGGCAGUUGAGCAAACGAUCACUCUCUUGAAGAAGGAACCAAAGCAUAAGGAGUGUCUCCGUAAAAUAGAAGAGGCCACAAAGUUAUCGAAGAUCUUCGCCAAGAGAUCACUCGAGAUUGAAGAAAAAGAUGCAAGCGCCCUCAAGCAGGAACUUGCUUUGGAGCAUAUCGAGAUGUUAGGAGAAGGAUGGGUUGGUGAGGAAGCACUCGGUAUUUCACUGUAUUGCUCCCUCAUAAGUCAAGAUGAUUUCGAAACUGCCGUCUGUUACUCGGUCAAUCAUGGAGGGGACUCAGACAGCACGGGAGCUAUAACAGGAAACAUUCUUGGAGCUUUGUUGCGUGACACAGCAAUUCCUGUUCGAUGGAGUAAGGUUGUGGAACUGCGUGAUGUCCUACAAGAAGUGAGCGAUGAUUUGUUUGAUGUGUUGGAUCCUAACAGACACGAGAACUUGAGCCUAAAGUACCCCCCCGCGAUUAUGAAGACCGAGGACGGAACUGACCUUUCAACCUAUUACAAGGAAAAGAAGUACGGCUCACAUCAGUCCUGACAGUGAGCAGCGAGCAAUAUGGUCUUCGUCGUACGUGCAACAACAGCAGUGAGGAAUCAGAAGGACGAUUCAACAACAGUGCUGUUGGACGAAAUCGGAACGACGAUUCAUUAUACUCGAUGGACCCCCUCGACGACCCUGCAGUCCACCGUCACCCAUGGCGCACAUGCUCUUAUGCGUCGAUAUCAAUGUCUCGAAAGUGAAGCAGCGUCGCCCAAAGCUGCAGUGCUCUACGGUCCACCGAUCAUACAUACGAAUCAUAGAGGACCGAUUCUAGAAGACCGUAAAUCAUCGGGAUGGAGGCUCUUGCGUCCUGAUAAUUUCUUAACAGUUUGAAUUACCAUGAGAGGACAAAAUCCAUAGCUGAGGACAGAUGUACAGACCGAGUACCCCCGACAAGGUAGACGAUGGACAGAGUCCAUACCUUUACCUGAAACUCUUGUCUUCACCGGUUGACCAACAACCAAAACCGGAGAGCAGUUCCUGAAAGUCUUGAGCACUUGAGGAUAGUCAUGUCAACAUUACAAAUCGGCCGACACGUUAAGAACACGAUUCAGAUCACGGUCAGUUUGAUAUCUCUGUAUGAUUAGGGUAAAACAGAUGAACGACUCAAAACACAAAAAAAAAUUCAAUCUGUCUUACCUAC